ACGUGCGCGUCCGGACUUCUAUAGGCCUGGAGUCUGCCAGGGGCCCCCCAGCAAUGUCUCCCAAGCCCCGGCCGGGGCAAGAGGAUGGAGCAGGACGGAUGUGCGCUCAGGGACCCUGAUCCUGUCUGGUUACGGGUGGGGGUUAAGGAGACUUGGCUGCUUGUGGAACAGGAGGCUCAGCAUGGAGGGCUGAACAAGUAGAACAAGGAGAUCUUGUGUGUGUGGCUUGCGUGUCGAUACAAGCCAGACGGAGUCCAGGAACGACUUAUUCCUGAAGACGGACUUGUUGAAGGCGAUAGCCAACAGCCAAGAGGAAGUAUCUGAAGCCAUGGCCGGCGACGAAAACUUGUCGGACAAGCAGGUCGGUGAAACGAAUGGAUCUUGUGAAAAGAACGAGUCCAAGGAGCUCGGUUUAUUGACGCUUGCCACCCCAGACAGCACAAAACUCCCUCACCAGGACUGUGUUUUUAAAACUUUUCGUGUGGCAGAGAACGGGGUGUACGACCGAGACACGGAGGGGCAGUACCCCUUUAAAGCGAGCAACCCCACACAGACAUCCGUAACGGGAAGUAAUGGGUACAUUUUAAACAAACCUGCCAUUUUGGAGCAGCCAUUAAGGACUUCAAGCUUGUCACCUCUGAGUGGCCAUGCUGCUAAAACUCUACCGGUUGCUGCCAGCAAACCCAAAGCAGCUUCUAAUGUCUACGUCCCUCCUGCCCCUUCUCCUGUCCCUCCGAACCCUGGGGAUCCGGGGCGGGUUGAGAACACAAAGCAACAGGACAGCGCUUUACCUGAUCUGAAAGUUCACCGUGCAAGGAAAACUCUACCGAAGACAAGCGGCAGUUCGCCCAUCCAUAAAGAGCCCAAAGAACCAUCCGAGCAGGACGAAACCAAGGACGAGAGUGCACCCAAAAAUGGUUUAGAUGACGAGAAAGAGGAACCCCAGUCUCCCUCCUCUGCCCCUCAACAGCUGCUACCUCAGGGUCAAAACUCUGCCAAGUCGCUCUCAGCUGCACUGGUGUGUCGGAAGAAGAAACGGCGGAUGGGCAUGUACAGCCUCGUACCCAAGAAGAAGACCAAAGUGCCAAAGCAAAGAAGCGUGCUGGAGAUGUUCCGGAACAUCACCUACACCUCUUCCAGUCCCAAGAGCGAGAAAGAGUCCGAUGUUCCUCAUGUUAACGGGGAAAGCAUGGAGAUGGAUUCCGAAGACGAGGAUUCGGAAGACAUGGAAGAAGAGGACUACCACAGUUCGGAGACGCCAGCCUCGGAGAGUCAGGAAGAGCCCGGUGUUCCUAAAGAGGCCACCUCAGAAGCCGACAGUUCCAGAAAGGUCGAUGAGGUUGAUUCUGAAGGAGAUGAAGACGUGGAGUCUGGGGAUUCUGUAGAGGAGGAAGAUGACGGAGCAGAGUCUGAUUUAAGCUCAGAGUCCAGUUUAAGGAAGAAGCAAGAGAAGAAGAAGACCCUGGCCGAAAGCCCCUGGAUGAAGGGUUCUAGGCGACGGAAGAGAAAGAACAAGGAAAAUCCCAAUCCGCUUCUAGCUUCAUCGGGAGAGGCUCGGGAAGCCAGCAUGGAAUACACAGAGGUCUCAUUAGACUCCUUGGAUCUGCGCGUCAAAGAGAUGUUAUCUCCGCAGUCUAACGAUCUCUCUAAUGGCUCGGAGGCCAUGGAACUGGACGGCCUUCAGGGGAUCCCCCUCUGCAGCUGCCGGAUGGAGACCCCCAAAGAAGAGGAGGUGUCGGCAAAGGCUGGAGAGCAUUGCAUGGCCAUUGAGAGCACUGGCCAAGAGCAGCUGGGUCGCUGUACCAACAGGGUGGCAAAGUACGAGCUAAUGAGGCCUUCUAACAAGGUGCGUCAUCUGGUGCUGUGUGAGGAUCACCGGGGCAAGAUGGUCAAACACCAGUGUUGUCCUGGCUGCGGUUACUUCUGCACAGCGGGGACCUUCAUGGAAUGCCAGCCGGACAGCACCAUCUCCCACCGAUUCCACAAGGACUGCGCCACCCGGGUCAACAACUCGAGCUACUGCCCACACUGCGGGGAGGAGGCCUCCAAAGCGAAGGAGGUGACCAUCGCCAAGGCCGACACCACGUCCUCCCUGGCCCCAGUGACCGGCGAAUGGGAGAAAGUCAGUGCGGCAGAGGGACAGGCGGACACUACAACCGAGAGCGAGGCCAUGGCUCUAAAGGCGCCAGAGGAGAAUAAGCAAGAAGCAACAUCUUCCCUCCCUGGAGGAACCCCUGAGCCUAUAGAGACCCCAAGUUUGGGCAAACCACCCUCUCUGUCUCAGGGGCCCGUCAAGGAGACCUUGGAAAGCGCUCUACUCGCUUUGGACUCUGAAAAACCCAAGAAAUUGCGGUUUCACCCAAAGCAGCUGUAUUUUUCUGCCCGGCAAGGAGAGCUGCAGAAAGUCCUGAUGAUGCUGGUGGACGGUAUUGACCCCAACUACAAAAUGGAGCAGCACAGUCGGAGAACACCACUUCACGCAGCGGCAGAGAUGGGUUACACGGACAUCUGCCACAUGCUUAUACAGGCCGGAGCCAACCUAGACAGCUGCUCGGAGGAUCAACGCACCCCCCUGAUGGAGGCAGCUGAAAAUAAUCAUCUUGAUACUGUGAAAUACCUGGUGAAGGGCGGAGCUCUAAUUGACCCUAAGGACUCCGAGGGCUCCACUUGUCUUCAUCUGGCGGCCAAGAAGGGUCACUACGAAGUGGUGAAAUAUCUCCUCUCCUCCGAGAGAACCGACGUCAACUGCCAGGACGACGGGGGCUGGACCCCGAUGAUCUGGGCUACCGAGUACAAGCACGUGGAGAUAGUCAAACUGUUACAUUCCUCCCGCGCGGACGUCAAUAUCCGCGAUAAUGAGGAGAACAUCUGCCUGCACUGGGCCGCCUUCGCCGGUUCCGUCGAGAUAGCGGAAAUCCUCCUGGCUUCCAAAUGUGACCUCCGAGCUGUGAAUAUCCACGGGGACUCCCCGCUCCAUAUUGCCGCCCGCGAGAACCGCCACGAGUGCGUCAUGCUGUUCCUGGGUCACGGCUCGGAAGUGGGACUGAAGAACAAAGAGGGCGAGACGCCGCUGGAGUGCUCGGCGCCCAACUCCGACGUUUGGGCGGCCCUUAGCAAGUGCCAGGCCUUGCCCGAGAAGCCCACGCUGCAGGAAAAGGUGGUGGACAGGGAUAUAUCCCGGGGGUACGAGAAUAUCCCCAUCCCUUGCGUCAACGCCGAAGACUCCGAGCUGUGUCCCGUCAACUACAAAUACGUCUCUCAGAACUGCGUGACCUCCCCGCUGAACAUCGACAGAAACAUUACCCAUCUGCAGUACUGUGUGUGCAUCGAUGACUGUUCCUCUAGUAACUGUAUGUGCGGCCAGCUGAGUAUGAGGUGCUGGUACGACAAGAACGGGCGCUUGUUACCAGAGUUCAACAUGUUGGAGCCCCCACUGAUCUUCGAAUGCAACCACGCCUGCUCCUGCUGGCGCAACUGCCGCAACCGUGUGGUUCAAAAUGGCUUGAAGAUUAGAUUGCAACUGUUCCGCACCAAAAGCAAAGGCUGGGGGGUGCGAUCCCUGCAAGACAUUCCCCAGGGGACCUUCGUAUGCGAGUAUGUGGGGGAGCUGAUUUCGGACGCAGAGGCUGACGUUCGAGAGGAUGACACCUACCUCUUUGAUCUUGAUAACAAGGACCGAGAGGUUUACUGCAUCGACGCCCGUUUCUACGGCAACAUCAGUCGCUUUAUCAACCACCUCUGCGAGCCGAACCUGCUCCCCGUGCGAGUCUUUAUGUCCCACCAGGAUCUGCGCUUUCCCCGCAUCGGCUUCUUCAGCAGCCGGCACAUCGGCGCGGGGGAGGAGAUCGGGUUUGAUUACGGCGACCGAUUCUGGGACGUCAAGGGGAAGCUCUUCAGCUGCCAGUGCGGUUCCCCCAAGUGCAAGCACCCAAUCAAAGUCCUUUCCCCGAGCCAGUCAUUCACCCCCGCAGAAACUCCGUCGGAGAUUGGCUUACCCGACACCAGCUCGGCCACCCCCCCGAGCCCCUCGCAGCCGCAGUGACGCACAGAGACCCUUUAUUGAAAAAUCUGUAAGCAUCGAGGGAGCAUCAAACAUGGACACCUAUUUCCACCCCCAACCCACCCACCCCCCAACUACUCGCUUCAUGUUUUCUAAGUCUUCUGGAGAAACCACAGGGAGGGAGGAGACUGUCUAAUGAACUUCUGUCCUGAUUUCCCGACUCUCUGCCGGAGAGAGACUGCAAAGAAGCGCUCAGCGGCCGGAGCCAAUCGGGAGGUCCCCCCCCCCCCCCACCGGUGCUCUGGCUGCGAAGAGGUUAUCAAGUUAAAAGUAUUUUCGCCCCCGAGGGGGGAAGAAUUGUAUUAAUCCUCUCUCUGUCUCUGUCACUCACACUUACACACACUCGAGCAAAUUAAACGUAAUGUGUUUAUUCUCCUAUUCGGCAAGCCGGCGGCCUCGGGCGGAGGUCGGAACGGGCCAAAAAGAAAAGAUCUAUUGACAUUUCUACCCGGCACAAAGGAAUCCGCUGAAGGGGAAGAAGCAAAUUCAGAGUGACCGCUCUCCGCGGAUAAUGCGAGGCUUCACAUAUGAACCGGUUUCGUUCAAAAGGGGCUUUUGUUUUGUUUUUGUACUAUUCCUUCGGAUAAAGAUAAAAAGCGGAAAGCAACGCGGUAGCACCAAACCUCGAUUUUAUUUUAUUUUUAGAAAUUAUUAAGACAACUCAGGACUGAAAAUAGUUCGACGGGAUGGGUUUUGGUGAAACAAAAUCGGCACAAUUAAUAUUCCCGGGUUGGACCCGCGUCCUUUGUUGGCGUGCUCCUGUGCUCCAGUCUGUGGGUUUAGGGGAUUUAUGUUUCGUUGAGAAAGGUCGGAGAAGGGGCGCUUUGUUUUCUCUCGUUCUUCAGCUCGAUCGAGGCAAAAGUCGAAGCUCCGUUGACCAACGAAGAGUUGAGCUUAUAGGCGUUGUUCCAAGAUGGCGCCUCCGUUUUGAAGAGCCCCAGAGACGAGCAAGCUCCUGUCUGCACCAUACCUGAAAAAAACGACCACGAGCUGAAAAACGAAGGAAAAUGGGCCAAUGGACCUUCAAAAUAACUAUCCAAGAUAGUUAUUUAGAAGGUCCAUUGGCCCAUUUUCUUUCAUUUUUCAGCUCGUACAAGUCAAAGCUCUGUUGACCGACGAAGAGUUGAGUUGAGCUUAAUGGUGUCAUUCCAAGAUGGCGCCUAUGUAUUGAAGAGCCCCAGAGAUGAGCAGUCCCUGUCUGCGCCAUUCCUGUUCUUGGAAAGUUAUUUCGAAGGUCCAUUGGCCCGUUCUCUUUUGUUUUUCAGCUCAUUCGAGGCAAAAGUUGAAGCUCCGUUGACCAACAAAGAGUUGAGCUUAUAGGUGUCGUUCCAAGAUGGUGCCUUCGUUUUGAAGAGCCCCAGAGACAAGCAAGCCCCUGUCUACACCAUUCUUGGUCGUGGAUAGUUAUUUCGAAGGUCCAUUGGCCCAUUUUCUUUCGUUUUUCAGCUCGAUCGAGGGACAAGUCGAAGCUCCGUUGACCGACGAAGAGUUGAGUUGAGCUUAUAGGUGUCGUUCCAAGAUGGCGCCUCCGUUUUGAAGAGCCCCAAAGAUGAGCAGCCCCUGCCUGCACCAUUCCUGGUCGAAGGCUAUUGUGUCAACAAAUUUUUGUUUUUUUAAUAAGGAUAAUGUGGUAUUUCCUUAGCGUUUAGUCCAGCUCCGUCUGUUGCCUUCAACAUACAACGUCUGUUUCAAAUAGGUACCGCCUGUUACCCCAAGGCUGGUUGGUUGCCAUAAAGGUUUACUCGAUUUUACCACCAUAAACGCCUCUUCUGAUCUCCAAGAUGAUGGUUAUUCCCAAUCUCCAUAGGAGAGAGUUUUCUCCCCGUCUCCGUGGCCCUUCGAGAGUUGUCGUGUAGGUCUAGUGACACCGUAGAGGAGGAAUUUGAGAGAGAAAAAAAAAAAAUCAAUUCCAGUACACAUUUUUCACGGUGGGAAAAAAAAACACACGACCUUGUAUUUUCAAUUCUAAAAAAAUAAAAAAUAAAAAAAAAAAUCCAAAAAUAAAAAAAAAAAUUCCUACACAAUCUUUUUACAGAAAAAACAAAACAAAAAGAAACAUUUUGGAGUAAAAAGGUGCUGACAAUGCUUAUGAUUUUUAUGCUGAACAGAUCUAAUGUUAUCAAUUGUACCAUAAACUGAUUUUAGGAUAAAGUACCAGAAGAAACUUUUUUUUAAAUUGUUAGUAUUAUCGUAGUGUGAAUAAAAAAAAAUUUUUUUGUAUUUUAUUUGUUUUUUUUUUUUUUUUCCGUUACCUGAAAUAAAACAGCUGACUGCAAUUUUUUUA